GCUUCAAGGUUUUUCUUCUUGACCUUGGGAUUGCUUAUCUUGUCCUUGCAGGUUAUCCACGCUACUCUGAGGACAAGGAGUACGUGCUGGUCGAUAACAAGUGCAAGUGCGUAACAGUGACCUCAAAGUUCGUCCCCUCCAAAGAAAAUCCUGAUGAAGAAAUCCUGGAGAGAAACAUACGCAUCAUAGUCCCCCUGAAGGCUCGAGAGAACAUCUCUGACCCCUUGUCCCCACUCAGAACCACUUUUGUCUACCGCAUGACUGAACUCUGCAAAAAAUGCGAUCCCGUAGAAAUUGAACUGGGUGGUGAGAUCUACCAGGCCCAGCAGAGCACCUCCUGCGAGGAACCCGAAACCUGCUAUACCUACAACAGGGACAAGUGCUACACCACAACUUUCCCAUUCCUCUAUCACGGGGAGACGAAAAUCCUGCAAGCAGCUCUGACACCGGCAUCCUGCUACGCCGAUUAG